AUGGUACAAUUAUUGAAUAUGAGAACGAAGGCUGUUGUAGAACAACGUGAUUAUCAUUGUCAACAUUCAAGUUAUAGACAGGGUGGUGAUGUAUAUUGUUCAUCUUUAAUAAGAUUAUUUAAUUCCGAACCUUUUAAUAUACCAGAUUCUUAUUUUGGUAAUUUGAAUAUUUUAAAUCAAACUAUAUUAAGAAAUACUAAUGAUUAUCAAUUAUUAGAAAAAAUACCAAAUAAUGGUGAAUUUAUUCAUGUUUAUAUUCAUGUCAAUACAACUCCAUUAACUUCACCUUUUAUUUCAUUUUCAAUUUAUGAAAAUUUAAAAGAAUUACAAAAUUUAAAUGUUACUUCACCUGCCUUUUUAGGAGGAUCUGUUGGUAUUCUAUGUAUUGCAAUUGCCAUAACUUUUUUAAUUAUUGCUAUAAUUAUUGGAUGGAGAAUUAAAUUAAAACAAUUAAGAGAUUUUCAUUUAAUUGAUAUUUUAUUAAUUAAUUCAAAUGGAAUACAAGUUAAAAAAGAUGGUUCAAUUAAUGUUUAA